CUGGAGUUAAAAUUUGCAUGAAAUUCAUAAGCAUUGGAGCAUUUCUCGUUUGUAAUAAAGGUUGUUUCUUUUUAACAAUGAAUUAAUUUCGCGUUAUAAUGUCGAAAGCAAAAAUAUCUGCGGAAUGGAGGAAACGCGUCAAGUCCGAAUAUAUGCGUUUACGCCAAAUGAAACGUUACAAGCGAGCAGACGAGGUGAAGAUUGCUUGGAAUCAAAAUCGUAAGGUUAUGUCUGAGCUUCUGAUGAUUGAACAAAAACGAUGGGCGGACGGAAAAGCGAUGUGGCUCGCGAUGCAGGAUAUCCCAGCCCACGUGUCUUGCAUGAAAAAAGCUGAAGUUGCCAGUUCCGACGGAGAUGUUCAAAGCUGUCCUGUUAAAAUUAUUAACGCUGUUACUCCUAUACCGACCAUGUAUACUUGGGCGCCGAUACAACAAAAUUUUAUGGUCGAAGAUGAAACUGUGCUACAUAACAUACCGUACAUGGGGGAUGAAAUUUUAGAUCAAGAUGGCACGUUCAUAGAGGAGUUGAUAAAAAAUUACGAUGGAAAAGUUCACGGAGAUAGAGAAUCUGGUUUUAUGGACGAUUCAAUUUUUGUGGAUCUGGUGAACGCUUUGGUGCAGUACGAAAGAGAAGACAAGGAUAGAGAGCAUACGAAGAAAGGUAAAGAAAAAGAAGACGGUAAGGAUAAGGAUAAGGAUAAGGAUAAAGAUACGUGUAAGAAGGAUAGCAACGGCAAGGGGGAAUGGAAAACCGAGAAAUCCUCGGAAGAAGCUAAAUCCGAUAAAAUUAGUACACCCUUUCCAUCUAUGCAUAUAUUCAAUGCGAUAUCCAGCAUGUUUCCUGGCAAAGGUAGACCGGAAGAAUUAAAAGAAAAGUACAUCGAACUAACGGAGAGAUCAGAUCCGAACGUGUUACCGCCAGAAUGUACGCCAAACAUCGAUGGGGUGAACGCGAAAAGCGUACCCAGAGAACAGACGAUGCACUCGUUCCACACUCUUUUUUGCCGAAGAUGUUUCAAAUACGACUGUUUUCUUCAUCGUGAGUAUGGGAACGCAGCCAGGGGAGCGUCGCCGCCAGGGCUUCAAGUGUGUCAUCCGGGACCAAAUUUGCAGAAACGAAAAGGACCUGAUCUGAAACCGUUCUCCGAACCGUGCGGAACCGAAUGUUACAUGCACUUGGAAGGAAUGAAGGAGAAACUGGCAGCCCAGGCGGCUGACAUAAAGGAGGAGGAGAACGAGGAGAAACGAGGAGGACCUAGAAAAGUGCGGAAGCAAGCGAGCGUAGAUUCUGGUAACGAAGCGAGCAGCGAAGAUAGCAACGACAGCAACAAGUAUUUACAAGGGGCUGGCUGUCAAGAUUUUAAACAAAACGUGAACAAGGAGAGAAAGUCGGAAGAGUCGAUGGAGGAUCAAGUACAGCCGGAUAAUCAAGCCCCGUUCACGCUGUUGGGUUUCGAUAAACGAGUGAAAACUGAAAACGAAUUUUCCUGGACCGGUUCGGAGCAAAGUUUGUUUCGAGCUCUUCACAAGGCGUUUCCUGGCAAUCCGUGCGCUUUGGCGCAGAUAAUGUUGACGAAAACUUGCCAGCAAGUGUAUCAGUUUGCGCAGAAAGAAGCUUCGGAUAUUCCAACGAUUGAAAAUUUAAAGGACUUUACUCCGCCACGAAAGAAAAAGAAGAAACAUCGGCUUUGGUCGAUGCAUUGUAGAAAGAUACAGCUGAAAAAGGAUUCUGGUGCUAAUCACGUACAUAACUUUGCGCCGUGCGACCAUCCAGGGAGACAAUGCGAUAACUCGUGUCCUUGUAUACAAGCUCAGAAUUUUUGCGAAAAGUUUUGCCAGUGCAGCAGCGAAUGCCAGAAUCGUUUCCCAGGAUGUAGAUGCAAAGCUCAGUGCAAUACGAAACAGUGUCCCUGUUACUUGGCCGUAAGGGAAUGCGAUCCAGACCUUUGUCAGACUUGCGGUGCAGAUCAGUUUCACAUUACUAAGAUAUCUUGCAGAAACGUUAGCGUUCAACGUGGUCUUCACAAACAUCUUUUAAUGGCACCGUCCGACGUGGCGGGCUGGGGAAUAUUCCUUAAAGAGUCCGCGGCGAAAAACGAGUUUAUCUCGGAAUAUUGCGGUGAAAUUAUAAGUCAAGACGAGGCUGACAGAAGAGGGAAAGUUUACGAUAAAUACAUGUGCAGUUUUCUUUUUAAUCUGAACAAUGACUUUGUUGUGGAUGCUACGCGAAAAGGAAAUAAAAUAAGAUUCGCUAAUCAUUCCAUAAACCCUAAUUGUUACGCAAAAGUGAUGAUGGUAAACGGUGAUCAUAGAAUAGGUAUUUUCGCCAAGAGAGCUAUUCAACCUGGUGAAGAAUUAUUUUUUGACUACAGAUAUGGACCAACGGAACAAUUAAAAUUCGUGGGUAUCGAACGCGAAAUGGAAUUUUUAUAACGCGUGUAUGAUAUCACGUAGAAUCAACACGCAUAUGGUACACGUAAAUACAUCAUUCUUUAGCUGUAUAUCGAUUAAUAAAAUAUAUUUUAGAAAA